AACAACAGCGAUAAACCUCUACAUCUGUAAUCUACAUAUCAGUAUGCCAGUAACCCCAGCUCCUACACUUGGGAAGCGGUCAUCGGCAGACGCUGACCUUCAUACUCCAUCUUCCCGCAAACAUCUGUCGACCCUUACCUCCACCGUCACCUCUCUCGAACGAACAAAUCAUAUCCUUCAGCAGCGCGAAUCUCGUCUAGCCGCUCAAAUCGAGGAACAGAGGCUGGAGAUCGAGCGUCUCAAGAAUGAAAGAUAUGAGCUCUUUGAAGCUAAGGUAGAAGAGAGACGGAAAGGGGAAGAGGCGGAACAGCGGUGGGCCGAAGACAGGCUGGUUUUGACCGGAGAAGUGGCUCUGCUUCGAGAAAGGAAUCUUGCAUUAACCAACAGCCUGGAAGAGCUUCGCUCACGGCACACAAUUCUAUCAACCAGACAUACAAGUCUAGCGCAGUCAAGCGAGAAUGAAAUUAGUCUUCUGCAAGCGAGAACAGCCGAACUUGAGAAGGAACGUAAUAGCUUGAAAGCGUGGGAGAACAAGGCGAAGAGUCUGAGCGUAGAGCUGGAAGAGGAAAGGGCUAGAAAGGGGAUUGAAGACCGUGAAAGAAAGACAGAUGACGCUUUGCAAAAGGAAGUCAAACGACAAUCGGUCAAUCUUGCGGCUGUUUGGCGAGAAAAUGAAGCUCUCAAGUCCGAAGUACACACUCUCCGACACGAGAAGAAGAGUAUAGAUGGCGUUGAGCGGGCCGCCAAAGAAGUUGAAAGAGCUUUGCACGAGGAGAUUCGGGUACUGCAAGAGCAGCUUGAACGCGCAAGACGAGAUAUGGACUCUCUCACGCAAACUCUCCCCGAUCCUGCCUCUACCGAACCAUCCGAGAUAGCCACCCUUCGCGCUCGCCUUUCCACCCUCUCCAACCUCCAUUCUCAAACAACAACCUCACUCGUUCAGCGCGAUUCUACCAUUCGUGACCUUCGAGCCCGUCUUGCUGAUCUUGCAGGUAGUUCAAAAGAUGCCGUGGGCGAAAUGAGCCGACGUGCUACAGAAGCCGAGAGGGAAUUGAGAUGGGCCAAGGAAGGGAGAGAAAGCGCAGAGCGGAGGGAAGGGUUGGUCAGGGAGGAGCUCGAGGCGAUGAGACGACAGUUUGCGGCAGCAUCUGGAACUUUCGGCGGACCAAGUGACCCGGAGAGGGUAAAGGAACUGGAAAGUUUGGUGCAGUCGUACAAAACCACUUUGGAGGAGAUACAUCGUGAUUCUCGCGAUGCGGAAGAGCGGAUUGCCAAGGGUAUGGGGCUCGUUAAAUCCCAGGAUCUUGACAAGGCUCAAGAAAAAAUCUCUCAGCUGGAAGAGGAGAUUGCAGACCUAUCAUCUUCAGUUUCCUAUUUGACAUCCUCCAACACCGCCCUCAACGCUGAAGUCGCCAAUCUCAUGCAACGCGUCGUUUCUGGAGAAUUCAACCCCGCCUAUGAACGAUGUCUUGAACUUCGUAACAAUCCUGCACAAAAAAUAUGGGGUAUAAGGAAACAAGAACUAGAGGACCUGAAAGCCGAGAAUGGAGAGUUAUUAGAGAGAUUGGCAGAGCUGGACGGGUUAUUGGCCGAGUCUCAGGCGGGUGCGGGUGCAAGUGCGAGUGCGAGUGCAAGUGUGGGCGCAGGAGGCGGAGGGGCUCCUGCGCAUGAAAGAAUGGUACCGAGGAGCAGUUAUGAUAGGUUAAAGACGGAGAAGGAAGAGCUUGAAAAGGCCCAUGCUAAACGUCUCCAACGUCUCAAAGAGAUUUUUACACACAAAUCUAAAGAAUUCCUCGAAGCAGUCUACUCUCUCCUCGGCUGGCGAAUCAAAUUCGACGAGUCAGGAUCCGACAUCCGUCUCACAAGCAUGUAUGCGCCCAAGGGCAAGAAUGGUCUCACCAUCAAAUUUACAAGUUCCGAAGGACAUUUUGGUACUAUGCAGAUGAGCGGGAUGAUGGCGAGGAGUUUGGAGGAAAGCAGGCAGUUUUGGGUAGUUGAAAGGCAGAGUAUCCCUGGGUUUUUGGCACAAGUGACGACGGAGAUGUUUGAGAAGACUACAAUUGGACGAGCAGCUGGGUAUGUCGGGCUUGGAUAAGAUUUGCUAGAUGUAAAAAGUCAAAAGGUACGAGAAGCAAUCAAAAGUCUUUAUGGGCAGGUACUUUUUUUCUUCUGCUUUUUUCUUCAUGCUUUGGGAUAGACUGUCACAAUCCAAAUGUAU